AUGAAAGCCUGGUUUCAGAAAAACGCAGGUAAAGGCACGAAAACUCCUAUGAUGAGCCGAACAACGUAAGUAUGAAUACGAGGACUCCGAUGUGAACGGACGUGCUGCAACGAAGCUCCUCAAACCGGGAUAAUGCCGUCCAGGAACCCCCAAUGGGAAACAAAAAAAGAAUGUCUACCUAAGCACACACUCCAGACCCGGGACCGGGCAAAAAAUCCAGAGAUUUAGAACGAUAUUUCAGGGACACGGUCAAUAUCUUGGGAGCAGAGCAAGAAGAGUGCCGGACGCCAUCUUUAUCACGCGGCUCACACUCCAGCAGCCCGUCUAGAUCCGAGCAUGCUGCUGGGACAGGCAUGGCAGAAAUAAAAGAAAUCCUCCAGAAUUUGCCUUCGAAAGCAGAACUAGCUAUUAUGCUGACGAAAUUAGAAUCUUCUGUGCAAGAACAACUCUCCACACUUACCUCAGAAGUCAAACAGAUUAGUAACAGAGUGGGAGAUCUAGAGGACAACCGCGAAAAAAUUAUGGAUAGGUUGCUACAUUUGGAACAGGGCCAAGAGAGGAAUGAGGCCAAAUUACUCUAUAACAUGCAGCUGGCUGAGGAUCUCGACAAUAGAGGCCGCAGAAAUAAUAUUAGAGUACGCGGCCUUCCGGAGGCGCAAGGAAUGGGUGAGGACCUCCACGUGAUAUUACAAACUCUUUUCAACAGAAUACUACAGAGGCCCGAAAACACUCAUAUCAUCAUAGAUAGGGCCCAAAGAGUGCUCAAGCCUAGGGCCUAG